AUGUCCGACACCCCAAACAUCGACGCCUACCUCAGCAGCCGCCGCUCAGGCCGCCGAGGCGCCAUCUACGACGAACCUGAUAUCAACACUUUUGGUGUGUCAAGCGGCUCCUCAAGCCGCCGCCGCUCUACCCAAGCUGACCCUCUUGACUCUAGCUACUCUUCCUCCUACAUGAGCAGCAGCUCUGGCCGCCGAGGCGCCGUUACCGACAAUACGUACAGCGGCGGAUACGACAGCGGAUACAGCGGCGGAUACAGCGGCGGAUACAGCGACGAAAGCUCCCGCGAUCAAAUCUUUCGCGAGAUGUUUGAUGAGUCGUCUCGCGGCUCAUCUAGCCGCAGAGAGACAGAGUCCAGCCGCUACAGCAGCUUCGACUCCGAGGGCGAAGACCCUUUCGGCAACCGUCGCAGUAGUCGUCGCUCUCGACAAGAAGACACCAUCGACGCUUAUGAUCGUGCUCGCGGGUACGACAUCGGCGCUGGUGCUCGUGAGCCGUCUGUCUACGAUGCGCCUACAUAUCGAAGUGCGAGCGAGUACGCGAGAGGCUCUGUCGCUGAUCCGCCAUCGUACUAUUCACGCGGCACCUCUGGGACAUACGAUCCUCCACCACGCUACUCCAGCUACGACAGCCGUAGUUCGUCCAGAGAGCCCACGCAGUAUCCGCCUUCGCGCAGCAGAGACUAUUAUGGCGGUGGGUCAAGCUCCUACGGCGGUGGGUCAAGCUCCAGACGUAGUGAUGGUGGUGAUGCUGACUACUACAUUCGCAAAUGGCGCCGAUAG